GGCAAACCCCAGAACGUUCCGGACCAUUUUGGAGACGUCAGAUCUAGCUGAACCGAACCGAACAGGCUAGACCGUGGUGGUGGGGUUCGACGUCUGACGGAGAAGAAAGCUCACUUGGACAUGACCGUAGUAGCUUUGUUCUUCUUGAGCGCUUUCUGGGGGUUUCUGGUCGACGACUCCGUCGUCUAUUAAAGAUGCUAAGCUCCAGCAGGCAGUCCAGCUCUGCAGAUCUUUUUGCUUGGUGCCUUCGCUUGCUGCUGACUAGUGGACUCGUCAGUGAUCCCGGGGUGCGAAGCUUGGUGUGUGUGACUCUUUGAGCGAGAGAGGAUGUCGCCACUGGCGUCGUCGGAGCCGGAGCCGCCGUUCCGGCCGCGGGAGAAGAUCCUGGAGAAGCAGAGGUACUUCCAGAGCGUCCACAAGCCGACGUACCUCAAGGGCCGCUACGACGCCAUCACCUCCGUCGCCAUCCCGCUCGCCCUCGCCGUCUCCAGCAUGUACCUCGUCGGUCGAGGGAUCUACAACAUGUCCCACGGCAUUGGGAAGAAGGACUGAGCUCUCGUCCAUGGCGGUCGCCCUUCGUCUUCGUCUCGAUGGACUCUGGUGUUGCUUGCCGACGUACCUGAUCUCCUCUGUACAUUAGG